CCACAACGGCAAAGAAAUCCACAUUUUGACUUGUGACAUUGUUGUUGUUGUAUUUCAGCCGUCCGUCGCAGUUGUCAUAUGAUCAAUUUUCAUUGAGGGCCAAGAAUAAAGAAAUAUGCUGCGAAUUUGUGCAUUUUUAAUGUUCUGCUUUUUAGCAGUCAAUGCCGAUGGUAGUUUCUACGUGUUAAAUGCACCAGAAUCGAUAUCUUUCCAACGCAUUCCAACUGUUCUGCCAAGUGAACAGGUGGGCGAUGUUAUCAAGGCAGCAAGAGGUUUGGGUGUAUCAGACACUGCUGACUUUCCUGGUCUUGUGAUCAAUGAUCCCUUCGGACUACCACAGAAGGCUGUUGUUGUAGAUGUGGUCGGUUUGAAUGAACUUCCACUGAGCGAGGAGAAUAUUAGCUAUAAGAUUGAUGGCAAAUCUGUCCCAGCCUCAUUAGAUGACCUGAAACUAACUUCGAAUGACGAUGCCUCUGACUGUGACAUUAACGUUUCAAGUUUUAAGGAAAAUGAAUUGAUCAACUGCGUCUUAAAAUCCGAUAAAGAGUUCGUUUACGCCAAAAUCGAUUUAUCCAACUUGAAAGAUGAUGCAGAGAAAUCAAAAGAAAUUUCAGCGUUGGCCAACGAACUUGUAAAUCUACAACGACAAAUCGAUGGUGAUGCAUCGUCUCAAUCAUUGUUAGCAGUAAUUGUGAGCCAUGAAGAUGACAAAAGCAGUAACUUGUCACGUAGACGUCGUGAAACAAUUGCUGGAUCAACUACUAACACAUACAACCUUGCUGCCUACUAUGACCAAAAUUACCCAGUCAUUUUCAACAUAAUUCUAUGGUUCAUGGUUGCUUUGGGUCUCUCAUUGUUGGCCGUUUGCUACGCAAUUGCCGAUAUGGAUCCCGGCAGAGACUCCAUUAUUUACAGAAUGACAUCUACACGAAUGAAGAAAGAUAACUAAAUAAUUAUUUCUUUAUAGCGAAUAUUGUUAUUAUACUCGUAAAUUUAUUCAGAAUGUUUCAAAACCACCUCCCAAUCAGCAGAGUAUAUAAGAAAUAAUUGUAAAUGUUAAAAAUGUAAGUAUUAUAAUAUUUUGAAGAUUAUUUUAAAGAAGUAACGGUUCCAUAGAUUGAAACUAAUUGGAACAAUCAUUAUUUACCCCAUCGUUCUUUUGGGGAUUUUUUUGUUUUGCCUACCUCUAAGUAAUACAAGUGUGUGUGUGUGUUGUUUACUUAUUCAGAAAUCAUCUCUAAGAUUAAUUAAACGAGGUAGUGCAUGUACUGUAUAUUCCACAAUAAAUGUAUAGUGGUGGUUAUUAAAUAAAUACCUAAAAAGAAA